GCGCCACCGACCGCAGGAGGAGGAGAAGGGGUUGUGCUCCUGGCCGAGCGAGGAGAAAGAGGCGGGGCCGGCAAGCAGCGCGUGGAGGUGCCGAGCUCCUGGGACCGGCGGGCGCGCGGGGGUCUGUGGCCCUCGCCGUCCCAGUGGCCGCCGCCGUCGCUUGGUCGCCGUCGGUCUGCGGGGAGGCGGGUUAUGGCGGCGGCGGCAGUGGGAGCUGUGAAUGAAUUCUCCGGGAGGACGAGGGAAGAAGAAAGGCUCCGGCGGCGCCAGCAGCCCGGUGCCUCCCAGGCCUCCGCCCCCUUGCCUGGCCGCCGCCCGUCCCGCCCCCAGGCCGGCCCCUGCGCCCGAGUCGCCGCAUAAGCGGAACCUGUACUACUUCUCCUACCCGCUGUUCGUAGGCUUCGCGCUGCUGCGUUUGGUCGCCUUCCACCUGGGGCUCCUCUUCGUGUGGCUCUGCCAGCGCUUCUCCCGCGCCCUCAUGGCCGCCAAGAGGAGCUCCCGGGCCACGCCAGCGCCGGCCUCGGCUUCUCCCCCGGCGCCAGUGCCGGGCGGGGAGGCCGAGCGCGUCCGAGCCUUCCACAAACAGGCCUUCGAGUACAUCUCCAUUGCCCUGCGCAUCGAUGAAGACGAGAAAGCAGGACAAAAGGAGCAAGCUGUGGAAUGGUAUAAGAAAGGUAUUGAAGAAUUAGAAAAAGGAAUAGCUGUGAUAGUUACAGGACAAGGUGAACAAUGUGAAAGAGCUAGACGCCUUCAAGCUAAAAUGAUGACUAAUUUGGUUAUGGCCAAGGACCGUUUACAACUUCUAGAGAAGCUGCAACCAGUUUUGCAAUUUUCCAAGUCACAAACGGAUGUCUAUAAUGACAGUACUAACUUGACGUGCCGCAAUGGACAUCUCCAGUCAGAAAGUGGAGCUGUUCCGAAGAGAAAAGAUCCCUUAACACACACUAGUAAUUCACUGCCUCGUUCAAAAACAGUUAUGAAAACUGGAUCCACAGGUCUUUCGGGCCACCACAGAGCACCUAGUUGCAGUGGUUUAUCCAUGGUGUCUGGAGUGAGACAGGGACCUGGUCCUGCAACUGCCACUCAUAAGAGUACUCCAAAAACAAAUAGAACAAAUAAACCUUCUACCCCUACAACUGCUGCUCGAAAAAAGAAAGACUUGAAGAAUUUUAGGAAUGUGGACAGCAGCCUUGCUAACCUUAUAAUGAACGAAAUUGUGGACAAUGGAACAGCUGUUAAAUUUGAUGAUAUUGCUGGCCAAGAGUUGGCAAAACAAGCAUUGCAAGAAAUUGUUAUUCUUCCUUCUUUGAGGCCUGAGUUGUUCACAGGGCUUAGAGCUCCUGCCAGAGGUUUGUUACUCUUUGGUCCACCUGGAAAUGGGAAAACAAUGCUGGCUAAAGCAGUAGCUGCAGAAUCUAAUGCAACCUUCUUUAAUAUAAGUGCUGCAAGUUUAACUUCAAAAUAUGUGGGAGAAGGAGAGAAAUUAGUGAGAGCUCUUUUUGCUGUGGCUCGAGAACUUCAACCUUCUAUAAUUUUUAUAGAUGAAGUUGAUAGCCUUUUGUGUGAAAGAAGAGAAGGAGAACAUGAUGCUAGUAGACGUCUAAAAACUGAAUUUCUAAUAGAAUUUGAUGGUGUACAGUCUGCUGGAGAUGACAGAGUACUUGUAAUGGGUGCAACUAACAGGCCGCAAGAGCUUGAUGAGGCUGUUCUCAGGCGUUUCACCAAACGGGUAUAUGUAUCUUUGCCAAAUGAGGAGACACGACUACUUUUACUUAAAAAUCUGUUAGGUAAACAAGGAAGCCCAUUGACCCAAAAAGAACUAGCACAACUUGCUAGAAUGACAGAUGGGUACUCAGGAAGUGAUCUAACAGCUUUGGCAAAAGAUGCAGCAUUGGGUCCUAUCCGAGAACUGAAACCAGAACAAGUGAAGAAUAUGUCUGCCAGUGAGAUGAGAAAUAUUCGAUUAUCUGACUUCACUGAAUCGUUGAAAAAGAUAAAACGCAGCGUGAGCCCUCAAACCUUAGAAGCAUACAUACGUUGGAACAAGGACUUUGGAGAUACCACUGUUUGAGGAAAUAUAUUUGUAAGCCUGCAGAACAUUUUACUUUCCAAGAGAGAGAAACACCAUCUUAAGUGAAUAGUUAUCUCUUACAGAAACUCAACCUAAGUUUACAGGACUUUUCAGAGUCUUAACAAUUAUUUGUGCACCCCAAAAGUUGAACCAUGAAACAAAUUUGAAUAAAAUAUAUAAUGCAGAUUGAAUAUUUUGUUUAAGGCCUUCUUGCCUGAUGGUCCUGGUUAUCCUGAUGGACACUGUAAGUUUACAGCACAACAAAAACUGAUUCUGGUCGUCUUUGCCAAUAUAAUCGUAAUGUAAAUAAUAAUUUGUAUAUUAUGUUGCAGAUGAAAGUAUUCCAGAGACAGUGAAUGGUAGAAGACACAAGAGCCUUUCGUUGUUUGUCUUCUGAUGUCUUUUCUUAAAAUAGUCAUUUUUCCCCCUUUCUUUUCCUACUGUUGUCUUCACUGUGGGUGACUGGAACGCCAAACAUUCUAAGUUUUUAUUUUCCUUUUUCUUUUUACAAAUCCAGUGUGCCAAAUGAAACUUUUUCCUAUGUAAUAACAAUAGGAAAAAGUAUUUUGAAGGUUUUUUUCUUCUUCAUAAAUCUACAGACAUUAAACAGUUGUGUUCUUUUCAGUUUUUAUUUUUCUGUUACUUUGCUACCAAACAAUUUAGAAAGCAAUUUGUUGAUAGCAAUUAAGCAAACUAGUAAAACAGAAAAAGAGGUUUGAAGGUUCAAGUCACUCUGUCAUACAACAUGUAGAUCAAUCUUCAUGUGACGUGCAGUAUUUUUUUUCUAAUGCAUUUGUCAGAAAUCUGUUGUAGACUGUUAACUUAUUCCUAAUGGAAUUUAUUUUCUGCUAGAAUUAUUCUGAUAUUUAAGAAAGCCAAUUUUAACUGCUGUCAAAGUGGUUCCCAUGCAAGAGAAAGGAAGUAGGGGGAGCUAAGACAUUUCUAAUUUAUUGCUUAUUACUUUCUUACUCUUUACAGGAUAAUUAUAAGCCAGUGAAUCAACCAUCUUUUAUUCUUAAUAAUUAUUAAUCCCUUCAAUGAAAUUUUAAAAAAUUACUGAAUUUUUAUAUAUUGCAUACAUUUUAUAGGUUUCUUGUGCUCACUUUAUUAACUGAAAAGUUGUAGUCUGUUAACCUGCCUUUUGUUUCCCAAAAAUGUACAGUAAUUCCGUUUCUUGUUUGUAUAAGUAUGCCUGGAUUUUUAUUAUAAAAAUGUCAUUGUAGGAAGUAGAGACUCAUAACAUGGCCUUUUAAAUAUUGUAAUAAAGGCAAAUGGAUAUUUGCCCUUAGUUUACUGGUUAAAAGUUUGUUUACAGAAAUUUUCUUUGGUGCUUUUAUGUAAAAUGUCGUGGGUGGAAAGAAUAAUUUUAUAGUGGUAACAAAGAUUUUUCAUUUAGUAAAAAUAUCUUUGGUUUUGAGAAAAUGCGUUAAAAUUUAAAACUUGCCCCUACUAGAUAAGAAUUUUAUAAAGACAUACAUUCUUCUUAAUUUUACUCUUGCUUUCGUUAGAGAUUUAUCUAAAUAGAGAAGAUGUAUGAUUUCUUAACAUCCUAUGCUGUUUGUAGCCAUAACUUAAAUCAUGUCUCUUCUAAUCAUGACUUUAGAACUCCCUGGAUAAUAAAAGUGAGAGCUGAGAUAAAUAGAAAAAAAUUUUUUUAAGCCAGAACCAUGCAUAGUAAUAUCUUUUAAAAGUCUCAAACAUUGAAGCAUCAGUUAUAACAUAUUGAUAAUGAAAAAUAAUGAAAUAUACAUGAUGACAAGAAUUGGCAACAUCCCAAAUUAAAACAUUUUCAGUAAAGCUCAUAAGAUUUCAUUUUGCAUUUUCAUUUAUAAACGGAUUGUCAUUGAUACUUGGAUAACGUCAGUCAUAUUAAAGGUCUGUGUGCUUCAAGCUCAACUUUUAAAAUAACUUUAAAGUUGUCAUCAUUCUGUCUUCAAUAAUGUAGCUCACUAUUUUUAUUCGGAAAACUUUUAGAUAAAGAUUUCAAAUGUUAAAGGAUAUAAAAGACAAAUUAAUAAUCAUAAACAUUGAAGCAGAGAAUUAUAGUACUGUAUGAAUAUCCAUCUGUGUACAGAACUUUCUCUGCUUUCCUGGUCAAGUCUGAAGUUGAGCUUGGUGCUAGAGAACUAUUUUCUAUGACUUACUAUGACCAAGUUUUACUUUAAGCUGUGUUUGUUUCAUAGAAGGGCCAUGAAAAUAGGAUAACAAUAUAGUAGGAGGUAUAAGGGAUUGGUCUGGUCUUUUUCAAUUAAGAUAGAAGUUGCUGAGGUUUUUCGAAUUAAUGUUAGACUUAGAUUGUGACUUUUUUGCCUUGAGCUCUGUGUCAUGUUACUUCCUAAAAGGUAAAGCUUAAACAUUAAUGUGUGCUCUUCAUGUUAAUAUGGCAGAGUUUUGUAAACUAAAUUAAAACUUAACCGAUGAUACUAGACUUUGAGCCAAGGGAAAGAAUCAAUAUUCUCUCUCCAGGUCUUUUGAGGGUAAAAGUUUAUUCUAAGACAGUCUGCUCAUUGAGGCUAUUAGAUUUCUGACUUGCAAAUAUGCUUGUGCUCGGGAAGAAUUGGAAGAAAAGCAGAUACUAGAAUUCUAAUUUAAGUAAAUAUACGGCAGUCUUUGUUUAUAGUGUAAAAUUCUUUAUAUUUUGUACAAAAACUAAUUCUUUUGGUAGAAUGAACCAUUUACAGUUUCUUUUUGGACUCUGGGUCAAAGAAUUUUCCUUUAAAUGCUUGUCUCAAUUUUAAUCUGGUCUUUUGUACUUUUCUUCAGAAGAAAUGAAUUAAAAGGUUCGGCUGCAUAAAGUGGGUUUUUAUCCUAAUGGAUUGGAAAUAAAUUAUAAACUUUA